GUCCAAGUCCUCACGUCGCAAGCUCUUUUCUCCUUCUCCCAAGCAUGUUCUCCUCCUCCAAAAUCACCACGCGCUUGGCAUCCGCCAUGACCACCCGAAGCUUCACCGUCAGUGCUCCCAAGAACAUGAAGGUUGUGUGUGCACUGUACGAGGGCGGUGAGAGUGGCAUGAAGAACCCCAACAUCUUGGGCUGCGUCGAGAACGAACUGGGUUUACGUAAGUUCCUCGAGGACCGCGGCCACGAGUACAUCGUCACGUCCGACAAGGACGGAGACAAAUCCGAGUUCGCCAAGCACCUGCAUGAUGCGGACGUGGUCAUCUCGCAGCCAUUUUGGCCAGCCUACAUUACUCGUGAUCGCAUCGCUAAGGCUCCUAAGCUCAAGCUCGCAAUCACUGCCGGCAUCGGCUCGGACCACGUCGACUUGGCAGCCGCAUGUGACCGUAACAUCACAGUGGCUGAAGUCACCGGCUCCAACGUCGUGAGUGUAGCCGAGCACGUCGUCAUGAUGAUCCUCUCGCUUGUACGCAACUACAUGCCCGCCUACAAGCAGGUGAUCGACGAAAAAUGGGACAUCGCAGCCAUUGCUAACAACGCUUACGACCUCGAGGACAAACACGUGGGAGUCGUCGCUGCUGGUCGCAUCGGCUUGCGCGUACUGCGUCGUCUGCACCCAUUCGACGUGAAGCUGCAUUACACCGAUAAGGUGCGCUUACCGGCUGAUGUCGAGAAGAAACUUAACGUGAAGUUUCACUCGACCGUCGAGAGUUUGGUCAAGGAAUGCGAUGUGGUGUCUAUUAACUGCCCACUGCACCCGGAGACCGAGAACCUCUUUGAUGCUGAGCUGCUUAGUAAGAUGAAGAAGGGCGCGUACAUUGUCAACACGGCUCGAGGCAAGAUUGUGGACAAGGAAGCUCUUGUUAAGGCAGUGAAGAGUGGCCACAUCCAGGGUUACGCUGGCGACGUGUGGUUCCCGCAGCCUGCUCCGGCUGACCACCAGUGGCGCUCGAUGCCGCGUCACGCUAUGACGCCGCACUACUCGGGAACGACGCUGGACGCGCAGGCUCGCUACGCUGCUGGGACCAAGGAGAUACUUGAACGUUUCUUUGAUGGCAAGCCACAGCGUCAGGAGUACCUAAUUGCGGAGGGUGGCAAGGUCACGAGUGCAUCCUACACGCACGGUGACGCCACGUCUGGAUCGCUGUAAAUGUGGCAAUGAGGUCGUAGAGGUUAGUUCUACUGUACGACAACGAGUCAACACUUCAUGGAUAUGUGUAAAUUGAAAGUGUGCCGAAUGGUAACCUCGUUACUCGAAAGUUACAAAUGCACAUUAACAUUUUUAAAUAGGGAUACACCCCGUGUUCGCGGGGGUUGACCAUAGGAUUUGCAAAUAAAUUAGAUUUUAGGCUACGUUCA